AGCCAGUGUAAUCUGACACUUCAACUUGCCGUGCUCUACGGUAGUUGAUUCAGUCAGUCAGUCAGUCAGUCACACCGUCUUCGGGGUUCUCUCACGUCGUCUUUGUGAAGUGAAGGGAGCGAAGGAGCGGAGAGCCGUAAACACGCGGCGCGGAGGAACAAUACGCGGCUUUGCCUCUCAGCUUCGAGCAGAAAAUCUCCUCUUAAGGAGAGGUCAGCAUCGGACCGCGCGGGAGGAAUACAUGAAGGGCGGGGCGGGGGAGGGAGGCGGGUGCCAGCUGCAGCACGAGCGCCUCUGAGGUCACGCAGACUCGCUCUGUGAUUGAUGAAGUUUAAGAAGCAGAUUUGGCCUAACAGCAAACACAGGAGCCUCCUCAUUCGAAUCGAGUAAAACACACACACACAAAAAAACUUUUAAUGGAGUCCCGGUAGAGACGUCAAGAUGAACACGUUACCAUCAAUGGACCGGCAUAUCCAGCAGACCAACGACAGGCUGCAGUGCAUCAAACAGCACUUACAGAACCCGGCCAACUUCCACUCGGCUGCCAUGGAGCUGCUCGACUGGUGUGGAGAUCCCCGGGCCUUCCAGCGACCUUUCGAGCAAAGUCUCAUGGGAUGUCUGACGGUGGUGAGCCGCGUUGCCGCUCAGCAGGGGUUCGACUUGGACCUGGGCUACAGGUUGCUUGCUGUGUGCGCCGCCAACCGGGACAAAUUCACUCCUAAGUCUGCAGAAACCAGCACCUGCAGGAGAUGUCAGAGUGAUUCAGCUCUGCUGUCGUCGUGGUGUGAGGAGCUGGGCCGUCUCCUCCUGCUGCGUCAUCAGAAGAACAGGCAGAACGAACCACAGGGAAAAGUUCCCAUGCAGCCCAGCAUGACCAACAUGAAGCCUGGCCUCACACACAGUGAUGGAUCAUUUCCGUAUGACUCUGUACCCUGGCAACAGAACACCAACCAGCCCCCAGGGUCGCUGUCCGUGGUUACAACAGUGUGGGGUGUGACUAAUACGUCACAAAGUCAGGUGCUGUGUAAUCCUAUGGCGAACAGCAACAACCACAUGAAUCCCGGGGGAAACCACAUGGGAUCGGGUAUGUCGGCCAGCGCAGCAGGGCUCAGUUCGCCUCAGUUCAGCGCUCAGCAGCAGCAGUUCCCAAGCAAAGGAGGAUCCGGCCAGUCGUACAUGCAGCAGGGCAUGUACGGCAGGCCCGGCUACCCCGGUGGUCCUGGGGGGUACAGUGGAAGUUACUCUGGUGGCCCGAGCGCCCCUCCUGGCGGUAUGGGAAUGACGACACACACACGCCCCUCUGGUGACUUCACUCCCCCUGCUGCCGCAGCUGCUGCUGCAGCCGUAGCUGCAGCUGCUGCCACGGCCACGGCCACUGCGACUGCCACCGUGGCGGCUCUGCAGGAAACGCAAAAUAAAGAGAUGAACCAGUACGGACAGAUGUGCCCGUCGUUCCAGAUGGGCCCCGCACCAGCCUACAACAGCCAGUUCAUGAACCAGCCGGGCCCCCGAGGGCCUCCUGGAGGUAUGAACCCAGCCGCCAUGGGCUCAGGCAUGAACAACCCCAACAUGAGUGGCCCUCCAAUGGGCAUGAGCCAGGCUCGAACACCGGGCAUGGGGCCUUUUGGAGGUCCCAGUCAGAGGAUGCCUCAGCAGGGUUACCCUGGUGGGCCCCGACAAGGCAUGCCCAUGCAGGGGAUGAAGAGGCCGUAUCCCGGGGAGGGGAGUUACGGGGGUCAGCAGUACGGGCCAAACAGCCAGUUCCAGCCUCAGCAGGGACAGUACCCCUCAAAUGCCUCCAGGCCGCUGCCUUCCCCCAACUACCCCAGCCAGCGGAUGCCAGUGCAGCAGGGUCAAGGACAGUACCCCCCUGGCAUGCCCAUGAGCCAGUACUACAAGCAAGAACCAUUCAAUGGUCAGAACACUAGCUUCACUGGAGGCGGAUACUCCUAUAACCCAGGCAGUGGGCCCCCCAGGCCUGGUAACUACCCACACUCUCCAGUCCCUGGAAACCCAACUCCUCCCAUGACCCCAGGAAGCAGUAUUCCUCCUUAUCUGUCGCCAAACCAGGACGUGAAACCCCCCUUUCCACCCGACAUGAAGCCAAAUAUGACAGCACUUCCGCCCCCUCCGGGCAACCCAAACGAGGAGCUGCGGCUGACCUUCCCAGUCAGGGACGGGGUGGUGCUGGAACCGUUCCGCCUGGAGCACAACCUGGCUGUCAGCAACCACGUCUUCCAUCUGCGACCCUCCGUCCACCAGACACUCAUGUGGAGGUCAGACCUUGAACUCCAGUUUAAGUGCUACCAUCACGAAGACAGACAAAUGAACACCAACUGGCCGGCCUCGGUCCAGGUCAGCGUGAACGCCACGCCGCUCACCAUCGAGAGAGGCGACAACAAAACCUCCCACAAGCCACUGCACCUGAAGCACGUCUGCCAGCCGGGGAGGAACACCAUCCAGAUCACGGUCACCGCCUGCUGCUGUUCCCACCUGUUUGUGCUGCAGCUGGUCCACAGGCCAUCUGUGCGCUCCGUCCUCCAGGGGCUCCUGAAGAAGAGGCUUCUUCCUGCAGAGCACUGCAUCACCAAGAUUAAGAGGAACUUCAGCAGCGUAGCGGCGUCGGCGGGCAACACCACUCUCAACGGAGAGGACGGCGUGGAGCAGACGGCCAUCAAAGUGUCGCUAAAAUGUCCCAUUACCUUUCGACGCAUCCAGCUGCCCGCGCGGGGCCACGACUGCAAACACGUGCAGUGCUUCGAUUUGGAGUCCUACUUGCAGCUCAACUGUGAGAGAGGGACAUGGAGGUGUCCUGUGUGCAAUAAAACAGCAUUAUUAGAAGGUCUGGAGGUUGACCAGUAUAUGUGGGGUAUUCUUAAUGCCAUCCAAAAUUCAGACUUUGAAGAGGUCACUAUAGACCCCACAUGUAGCUGGAGGCCAGUUCCCAUCAAGUCUGAGCUGCACAUCAAGGAGGAUCCAGACGGACCCCUGGCCAAGCGCUUUAAGACUAUGAGUCCAAGUCAGAUGACCAUGCCCAACGUGAUGGACAUGAUCGCUCAGCUGGGGCCCGGUCCAGGACACGGACCGGGACCCGGGCAGGGGCCAGGUCCGGGUCCAAGUUCCUACCCCCACCAUCCUGGACAGCAUCCCAGCGGAAACGGAGAUUACCCCGGAGCAGGCAACAGCUACCACAAUCAAGGUAGCUUUGACUUCCCUAACGGGAACCCAUCCGCUGGCGGUGGCAUUGGAGGAGGAGGAGGAGGAGGAGGAGGAGGAGGUCCUCCCAUGAAUGAUUUCAUCCACGGCCCACAGCUCUCCCAUCCCCCUGACGGACCCGGUGGUCUUCUCCCCCAUGACAAGCCGCUUAGCCACGGCAUGAACGAUACAAUGUCCCAUUCAGAUCAGUCCCAUAACUCCAUGCAGCCGAGCAUGCAUGCGUCCCCGCACCCUGGCAGCCAAUCAGGGCCGCCCUUGCAUCACAGCGGCCAGUCAGGGCAGCCCCUGCAUCACAGCGCCCAAUCAUCACAGCCGCCUCGCCAGUCGCAGCCUCAGCCGCAGCAGCAGCCGCAGCCGCAGCAGCAGCACCCUGGCCAGAACAGCCAUCCCCACGGCGACCUGAGCUUUAACCCCUCCUCAGACACACAGAUGGCUCAGGGAGCUCAGGACAUGCCCGAACCCUCCCUGGAUCUGCUUCCAGAGCUAGCCAACCCGGAAGAGUUACUCUCCUACCUGGACCCCCCCGACCUUCCCUCCAACAGCAACGACGACCUACUCUCCCUCUUUGAGAACAACUAGCCCCUCCUCGCCCUCUUCCUGUGAACACUUGGAGCAGCUACCUGUUUUCACGCACACGGACUUGCUCGAACUGUUUCCGUGUUGAAGACGGGCGUGCGGCGCAGGAGCGCAGCUGUGAAGGAAGCGGGACGUCAACACUCGAUCCCUGCACUCCCCCCCCCCCACCUUUUUACUCAGCUUGUGUAAAGAUUCCACACACCAGUUCCACCUCCUCUGGCUGCACCAUUCGUAGCCAUGUUGGUGGGCAUUAAAUUGAUAUAAAAAUAUUUAUAUAUUAUAUACACAUACAUUAUAUGUGUAUAUGAGCAUAUAUAUAUAUACAUAUAUAUAUAUGUGACUUUUCAACUGAAAACUGUGCAGCUAUAAUCAUAUAUGACAACACGGAGGAGACAGAAGCCUUGUGUUGUUUGUGUUGUAGCUUUCUUUUCUUUUACAUUUAUUAUAUAUAUAUAUAUAUAUAU